GGGACAUUGUUGUGAUCAAAACACAAAUCAGCAAAAUCUAACCGGUUUCCCAAAAACUGCGAAUUCUGUUUCCUAAUGGAGGAAAAAUCAUGGGCAGAUUUGCCAGAUCACAUUAUUGUAUCAGUUCUUUCGUACUUACGUCUUCCCCAGAGAUCGCACGUUUCGCUUGUGUGUAAAUCCUGGCACGAAGCAUUUUGCUCACCGUUCCUUUGGCAUUCUUUUCGAUUCACAUUUACGGCUUCGGAGGAUUUCAAAUACCAACGCUGUCUCGACAAAUUAGGCCAAUAUUUCCGUCGAGUUGAAGUGUGCUGUGAUCAAGCAGAAGACAAAAAUCGCCAGAACGCUUGCAGAGCGAUUGAAGCAUUGGCAAAACUAAAGAAACGGCGAGUUGAACAUAUUUCCAUUAGAUUUAUUGGCGAGAAUCCUUUGUUCUACGCUGGCAAAGAAUUCAUUCGAAGCCUAAAAACACUCUUUGGGCCAGUCCCAGAGGGUACAGAAGCUAUUUUAGGCUUGAAAAGCGUAGACUUAAGAAAACUAUCAAUAGCAUUUGAAGACGAUUUAUUUCAUUGCUUGGUCGAGAAUAACUUUAAAAUAUUGGAAGAGCUGAAUAUCCAGAAUGCUUCCUUGGUUUGCAAAGUUACUUCCGGUUGCAUCUUAAAACUGGUCCAAAAGUGCAGAAAAUUAAUUUGCCUAGCUACUCAUUAUGGCAGCAUCACGGAAGACAUUUUAUUGGCUUUCACAGAAGAUGAGAGAUCAGCAUUACAAAACCUCUCAAUAUUGUGUAGAAGAGAGGAAAAAUAUGGUUUAGAUAUUUCUUCUAAGACAUGGACUGUUCUUAAAAACAAACUGCCGGGCCUUAAGGUGAACCUUGCGUUUGACAGCUCUUGCCCAAUGUUUAAGGUAAAUGCAAUUUUGAAACCUGAAAUACCAGUGAGUGACCUUAGAUUGGAAGUUCAAGCAAGACUUGUGUGCCAAGUUUACUUCGCUGCUGAACACUACUCCGGCACCUUGGAAACACUGUCACUAUCAACCACCAACAGCCCAGAACUUGAGAAUGCACUCAUUCACCUUGUGACCGCCUGCACUUACCUUAGACAGUUGUAUGUAUUCCAGUGCUAUAUUUCUCAGAAUGCCAAAACAGAGAUCUUAAAGAGACGACCUGAGUUAAAAAGGUACUUGUUAAAAACAAGGGAAACAGAUACAUUCUUCCCAUAACAACAACUCAGGAGUAAAAUAUAGCACUUUUAAAUUCAGAUCCCAGUGAUUUAUGUCUGUGGCAUGGUCAAAUAGAUGAUCGAAGGUUUAUACUUGAAACAGAAAACACUUCUACGCAUAGUAUCCAAGGGGAGAGGGGGUGGGGAGGUGUGAACAAAACAACUUCAAGUAAGACCUCUGACAUUUUUUCCAAAUAUAUAGGUAACAAUUCAUAAAGUUUAUGUAACAAUAAAACCAUGAAGAGUGAGUGAUACCUCUCUUUUAGCAGCCGCCCUUUGCACUUUGCCAAUUUGUUGUGGUUGCUUACUUAAUUGGUACUCACAAGAAAAAAAAUUAAACAGAAAAUACUCGUAUCUCACAUUAAAAGCUUAUACAACAAUAGGAGUUUUUUUUAUGCCCAGUGUAAACAACUUGGGCAUACAGUAGCCAGUAUGUGGCAAGCAAGACACUGAUUUAAUUAUGGCUUAUUUGCCAUUGUUACCGAAGGGUGGUUGAAAACCCUAUACCCAGGGAAGGGAGGGGGUCGCACCCCUGACGAUGGCAGAAAGUCUACUCCUGAUGUGCAAUAGUGUAGACAUACUAUUUGAAAACAAAACUAUAAAGCAUGAGCAUAAAUUAAAUAAAUAAAAGGCAUUCUAGAGCA